AUGGCCGCCGCCGCCGCCGCCCUCCCGGCGCUGCUGGCGCUGCUGGGCGCCGCCCGGCUGCCCGGCCCGGCGGCGGGCAUGCAGGUGUGGGUGUCCAACCCCAGCACGGUGGCGCUGCUCUUCCAGCCCGUGGUGCUGCGCUGCAGCUACCAGAGCACGGCCAGCACCCCCCCCAUCGUCACCUGGAAGUACAAAUCCUUCUGCAGCCCCCGCCUGGGGCUGGGGGGGGGCUCGGCGACCCCCCAGGACCCCAACUCGGCCACCUCAGACUCGGCCACCGCCUGCCCCGACGCCGCCCGCACCGUCCGCAUCGUGGCCACCAAGCAGGGCAACGCCGUCACCCUCGGGGACUUCUACCAGGGCCGCAGCGUCACCAUCACUGACGGAGCGGAGCUGAGCCUGGGGCCGGCAGCGUGGGGGGACAGCGGGGUCUACGUCUGCACCGUCACCUCUGCCCAGGACCUGGAGGGCAACAACGAGGCCGUGGCCGAGCUGGUGGUGCUGGCGUCCCUCCCGGAGGCCACCGAGCUCUUGCCGGGCGCCCAGCUGGGGCCACUGCCAGACUGGCUCUUCGUGGUGCUGGUGGCGCUGGGCGCGGCGCUGGUGGCGCUGGUGCUGGGGCUGUGCUGGUGCCAGUGCUGCCCCCACACGUGCUGCUGCUACGUGCGCUGCCCCUGCUGUCCCCAGCGCUGCUGCUGCCCCGAGGCCCUGUACCUGGCGGGGAAGGCAGCCACCUCGGGGGCGGGCAGCGUUUACGGGGGGCUCUACGCGCCCCCCAAGGGCCCCGCCCCAGCUGCCAUAGCCCUGGGACCCAUCGGCAAUGGCUACAGCUACAGCGGCGCCUCAGUGAGUGGUCACAGCUCCCAGGUGCCCCUGCUCCGUGACACGGACAGCAACCUCGGAUCAGGCCCCCCCGCGCCCCCCGCCUCCAUGCGGGUCCUGCGCUACCUCGAGGACGAGCUCAACGCCUUCGAGCCCCGUGGCCGCUACCCCCCCUCGGGGGCAGGUGCCCCCAGUGACAUCAGCUCCCUGCACGAAGCCCCUGAUGCCUGGGUCCCCCGGGGGCGCCCCGCAUCCCCCCCCCGCAGCCGCUCCCCGCCCCGGGGCCGCUGGCACUCGGUCGAGGAUUUGGGGAGCUCCAGGGGGGGCUCGCCGCCCCCCUCCCGGCCCCGCUCCCGUUCCCGUGACGAUCUCCUGGGGGGGGCCGCGCCCCUCCCGCGCCUUCCCCCCGUCGGCCCCCCCGGGCCUCCCCGGCGUCUGCGCAAGAAUGAUGCCAUGAGCCGUGAGAGCCUGGUGGUGUGAAGGGAAGGAAGCCGCCCCCCCCCCCGAGGAUGUCUGGGGUCCCUCCCCCCCGCGAGACAUCGGGGUGUCAUUGCUCCCCCCCGUGCCGGCGCGGGGGGGUCCCAGUGUCCCCGGGGGGCUGGGAUCUUCUGGGGCUAUUUUGGGGUUUUUUAGUGCCUUUUUGGGGGUGCCCCCCACCCCUUGCUCAGGGCUUUGUACAAAAUAAAGGUUUUAGAAUAAAAACGAGCUG